GAGAGCUGACAGUCGUAUUGCAGAGGGCCAAGAUGGUAUGUCACAUGUAAUGGAAAUGCAAAGAAGGGCAAUUCAAAAUGGAUUCCUGGACAUUUUCAUUCUCACCUAGUUACCAAAUGUUUGAUGGCAUUAUGUUGGGCAACAUAUCUGAUGAAGGCCUUAGAAAUGAACUUGACCACGGCUUGACCAAAACUAGCACAGUGGUCAUCACCUUCAUGUAUUUUGUGGUGUGUGCUGUCGGCUUCUGUGGAAAUGCUCUGGUCAUCUACGUUAUCCUGCGAUAUGCCAAUAUGAAGACCGUUACAAACAUCUACAUCCUGAACCUGGCUGUGGCAGAUGUGAUGUUCAUGCUAAGUUUACCAUUCAUUGCCAUCCAGUUGGCACUGGUGCACUGGCCGUUUGGGCCUGCUCUAUGCAGGGUGGUCAUAACUGUAGAUUCUCUGAAUCAGUUCACCAGUAUUUUCUGUCUGAUGGUGAUGAGCAUUGAUCGAUACCUGGCCGUAGUGCACCCCAUAAGAUCCACCAAAUGGAGGAAGCCCAUUGCGGCCAAAACCAUAAACCUAACCGUGUGGCUGGUGUCAAUCCUCGUUAACUUACCCAUUAUCAUUUACAGCGGGCUGAUCACCAAACCAGACGGCUGCUUUUGCACUAUAGUGUGGCCAGAGCCACAGGAGGUCUACUACACAGCGUUCAUGUUCUACACCUUCAUCCUGGGCUUCUUUCUGCCUCUGAUUGUUAUUUGUCUUUGCUAUUUGCUUAUUGUCAUCAAAGUGAAGUCCUCCGGAAUCAGUGUUGGCUCCACUAAACGGAAGCAAUCUGAGAAGAAAGUGACACGUAUGGUGUCCAUUGUGGUCGCUGUCUUUGUGCUCUGUUGGCUGCCUUUCUACAUCUUCAAUGUCACGUCCGUUACUGGAACCAUAAGCACUACACCCUUCUUGAGGAGCAUGUUCGCCUUCGUUGUAGUGCUGGGAUACGCCAAUAGCUGUGCGAACCCCAUAUUAUAUGCAUUCUUGUCAGAGAACUUCAAAAAAAGUUUCCAGAACAUUCUGUGCCUAAAAAAGAUGUCUGGUCUGGGUGAGACUGAGCGUACUGACAGCAGACAGGACAAGUCACGAAUUAUGAACAAUCAAACUGAAAAUCAAAACACACAGCUACAUGGAGAGCUACAAACCAGCUUCUGA